AUGAGUACUCAUGUCAUUUCUAAACAGAAUUUCUUAUUAUCAAUUGAUUUGGAUAUAGUUCGCGAGGGACAAAAUGAACAGAACAAACUCCAAAACAUUGGUAGUCCUGUUAAGCUUUAUUUUCAUCAUUGGGUCACAACUCCAGUUCAAUCAAUUAGUCUUGAACAUUUACGAAAAGACAAGGAUCAACACCAGCAACUAGUAAUCACUAUUUGUGAAUCAAAGAAUGUUUUAUUUAUUCAUUUUAUAGCACCGGUAAAUUCAACAGGUGUUACUAAUGUUGUCCACAAGGUUCCAACUAAUCUUGUAUGA